UUCAAGCCGUCUCCAAGCAUUAUUAGACCUAAAUCCCGAUGAUUGAUCCAGAGGAAAGAAAAUAAAAUACGUAUAUACGAAACGACUUUGGUGCGGAACAUGUUCUGGCAGUUCUGAAAAUUUCUUUGCCAAGUACAAUAUUUCUAUUUUAUGCAAAUAGGUCAAGAACAACAGAAAAGAAUUAUAAUGGGAUACGGUGUAUUUGUUAAAGUUGUGGUAAUCUCGGUUGAUCAAGUCAUAAAAUGGAAGAAACAGAUGUCACGUCUCAGUCACUGGGUUGCAGCUAUUUUAAAAGGUAACGACAUUAAAGAGGGAACUGUAGUUGAAUGUAUCCAUCAUCCAGUUGCUCAGUUAUGCAAAAUAUUGUGUAUUGUAAUUGAGGAAACAAUUCCAAGUCAGACAUCUCGUAAACUUCAGGUAAAGGUCAAAGCUAUUAUAAGUCGAGAGAGAUAUGAACAAAAUAUUAACCCUAAAGGUCAAAAGCCUGUCCAUCUUGGAGGACUAAACUCUCCAGAGUUAUAUCUGAAACAACUUGUCAGCUUUCCACUUCUUUAUCCCCAAAGUUUGUGUCAAUUAGGUCUUGAAAGUUUUAAAGGGGUACUUUUAACAGGGCCUCCAGGUUGUGGUAAAACGUCACUUGUGAAGAAAGUUGCUUUUGAUUGUAAAGCACUUCUUGUGACAGUGAGAGGUCCUGAACUCUGUCAUUCUGAACCAGGAAAGAGUGAAAUGGAACUACGAAAAGUGUUUGAGAAUGUCCACCUUGAAAGUGAAGAAGGUCCUGCAAUUCUGUUCAUUGAUGAGAUUGACAGUAUUUGUCCGAAAAGACAUUCUGGAAUUAGUGCUCACAGCAGAAGGCUCCUUGCACAGCUUCUAAUUCUCAUGGAUGGUUUGGAUGUUAGAAACAAUUUUGUUGUAAUUGGUGCAACAAAUAGGCCUGACCUUCUUGACUGUGCUGUUCGAAGACCUGGCAGGUUUGAUAAAGAGGUGAUUUUAUAUAGGCAUGAACAAUAUUAUAAUAAUGACAUAAAAGUUUCUCAAGAAGACUUUCUGGAAGUAUUAAAACAAUUGUGCCCCUCCAGUCAGAAGAGUUCUUCAUGGCAGUGUGAUGUAAAACCAGUCAACUGGUCUGAAAUUGGUGGACUGGAACAAGUCAAGCGAAGAAUACAGAUUGCUGUUGAAUGGCCCCUUCUCUACCCUGAAGCCUUUGCCCGUAUGGGAAUUUCCAAGCCUCGAGGAGUGCUGCUAUUUGGCCCUCCAGGCUGCUGUAAGACAACUUUAGUCAGAGCAGCAGCUACAAAUUGUCAUGCUACAUUCUUGUCUGUUAGUGGAGCCCAGAUAUUCUCACCUUUAGUGGGUGACUCUGAACGAGCCAUCUCGUAGAUAACACUCUCUC